AUUCAUUUUGGCACCGGUUUAAGAAAAACGAGAAACGAAAAAGUGCGAGUCGAUGACAGCCGCAACCGAUCAGCAGGCUGUCAACGGCGCAAGCCAAGCCAACGGGACAUCCUCAAAAUAAACAAACUAGGCUGUCAUGUCCGAACGAACAAAAUACAUGCCCAAGAAUUGGCCCUGACACAAGUAAAAGAGUUUUUUCAAGACUGUUCGUACCUACGCGAUUUCUCAUAUGCAACUGUCAAUUUAUGUGUGGAAACAAAGCAAACAUAUUUCCUUCCUUCACUUUCGCAAGCAAAAACCAAAUCAAUAUCAACAGAGUCGUCAGGGCCAUUGAGCUGUGGUGUGCAAAACAAGAAAGUUUCGUUACCUUGUGUGAGCUGUGGCUGUAUGUGAGCUCUCAUGAAUAGCUUAUUCAUGAGCCUGUUAGAGUAAUAGAGAGAAAAGUCAUCAGUAUAGUGUCGCUCCACAGUCUUUUUACGAAGCCUGCUUCGAAGCAACGCUGUCGUGCGGGUGAAAAUGUGUGCUAGGGAUCGGCAUGAGAAUACUCAUGCAUGUGUGGUAGUACAAACGAAUGCUCACGUGUGAAUAGAACAGGUUAAAAGAGCGCGAGCUUUGCAACACUGAGCGCAUAUCAGCCUCUAGUACGCGAGCAUAAACACGGUCCUUUUCACAAACAACUACCAUUCGUCAUCUGUUUCUUAACCAUGGUGGUCGGUACAGCGCAGUUGAACAGAGUUCUAUCCGAAUGUGGCUUCGUCCCAGUUGCAGGGGAUGUGCUGUCGGAAAUCGUUCACCAAAUCAACAACUCCGUUAGCACUACCAACGAGGCUGCGAUGUUCCUUGCUCAAUUGAUGCAUGAGAGUGGAGGCUUCAGGUACCGGGAAGAAAUAAGUCGCGGAGCAGGACAACCCUACGGUUCCUACUAUGGCCGAGGGUACAUCCAGCUUACCUGGCGUGAGAACUACGCAGCGGCAUCGAGCUAUCUUUUCGGAGACGACAGACUGGUACACAGUCCGGAUUUAGUGUCUGCGAACCCGCACAUGAGCAUGCUUGUAUCGGUUUGGUAUUGGGAGACGAGAGUGCGGCCACAAGCUGCACCAUUUAGGAAUUUCUAUUGCACAACUAAAGCCAUAAACGGCGGAAUCGAGAAUAGUCCUAACCAUCCAUCUGCAAAAAGACGGUACAGUUUCUACUGUACUGCAGCUAGAGUCUUGGGUGUUGUCAACCUUGCGAGCGAGGCAUAGGUUAGCUUGUAGGCACAUUACAGAUUAGUUAUUAUCAUGAAUUAAA